AUGCUGCCUUGUCCCUCCACGCCGGCUAUCACGGAAGAAUUGGUGGAGGAAGAACAGAAUGAAACAGGGAAAAUGAAAGUGGAGUGUAAGCGACUCGCUCGUGAACGAGAUGAGGCUGAGAGGCAGCUGAAACAAAUCAAGCGAGUUUCACAGAUGGUUAUAGAAGAAGUCAAUGCUCUUCACACACAAUUAGAGAUUGAAAAAUCCUGUCGAGAGAAUGCAGAAGUCUUAGCCACAAAGCUCAGUCACGAAAACAAGAAGCUGAAGUACCUAAGCCUAACAUCACGGGUGUGCCUCGACGACCUCUUGCCCAGCAUCUCAGAUUGUGGUGCGACAGAGGAGGAGCCACAGGACACCAGCCCUGACCCCUACAUUCAGUAUCAGCAGCAGGUUAAAGAUCUGCAGGAGACUGUAACACAGCUGCUGGAGGAAAAGAAACAGUUUGCUGGUCAAGUACACGAACUACAGAACAAUAUUGAGGAAUUAACCAUCAGACUGGAGAAAGAACAAGCUGAGGUGGAAGAGCUACAGAAUGUGCUGGAAAAACAAGCCAAAACAAUCAAAAGUUUCAACAGAGUGUCCACUUUGGCUACCCAGGAGUAUGAGGAGCUGAGGCAACAACUGGAUCUGGAACAGAGCCUGAGGCAGGAGGCGGAAUCCUUUGCUCAUGAGAUGCUGGUUAAGCAGAAGGAGGUGAAUCGGCAGAGCGCCAUCCUGCUGCAGCAGGCCGAUCCCAGUGUACAGCUGCUCAAAGCCCUGGAGGAGGUGUCCACCAUCACAAAGACUCUGGAGGAGGAGAGGCUUCAGCAUCAGUUACAGAUACAAGAGCUGGAAUCCCAUCUAAAUGACUCCACACUGCAGAAGGAACUGGAUACGCUGCAGAAGCAGCUGGAGAUAAUUGAGGAGGAGAGACGGGAAGCAGAACAACGAUCAAAAGAUAUGGAACAGAGAAAGCAUGAGCUGGAGAAUGAAGUGAAAGAAUUGAAGGAGAAGUUGAAGAUCCAAAUGACUGAAUCAGCUCCAGCCACCGUUUCUCCCCCACCUCCCCCACCUCCACCUCCUCCUCCUCCUCCUCCUCCCCCUCCUCCCCCUCCUCCACCCCCUCCACUUCCAGCCACACGUUGCAACCCAAUAAGUUCCCUCAUUGCUAUUGUGAGGCGAUCGUCUAAGAACUCCAAGACCCAGCCGAAACCUGAACCAGCCAGCAACCAGACAGGAAUUGAUGAUGUAAAAGUGAAAGCAGUGAAUGAAAUGAUGGAACGGAUAAAGCACGGUGUCAUGCUACGACCUGUGACGCAUGUUUCAAAGAGGAACGUUAGCCACAAGCCACCGCCAGCGGACGAGAAGACGCAGGAGAGCGCCAUGGAUGAGCUGAAGGGGAUCUUGGACUCGAUGAAGAAAAGCCCAAGUCGAGGGUUUCCAGAUGCAGGUCACAGCAAGACGGAGAACGAGCUGGAGGUUGUACUGAGGCGCAGACGGAAGCAGGCUUCAGAUUACAGUCCUAGAGAUGGAAAUGACACAGAUGCCAGUGAUUCCACCUCUUCCAAAUCCCUCAGCCUGAAGGACAGCGAUGAAAGGAGAAGUGAUAAUCUGGAGUGCAGCCCUGUGCUGCAGGGCCCAGCAGCUGAAGACCACGAAAGCAGCGUCUCUGGAAGCUCUGAAGAAAUAAAGCGGAAAUGUAUAACUAAACACGAAAAUAUUGAACCCCAGGGUAUCCUUAUAAGCAUGAAUGGCCAGUCAGUAUCACCUGACCAAAGAAGCACCCCCACUCAGGGCCUGAACAACUUGAAGAGUCAAAGCACAAUUCAAGAAAGCAUUGAUGAAGAUUGUUAA